ACAUAAAAGGUUACAAAUUGGUUUUUGGUCAACUUUAGAUUCGGUUUGGUUAUUGGAUAGACCACAUCAGCUCUAGUUUCUGAUACAGAACAUAUGCUAUCCAAUAGUCGCCAUCUGCUUGCCCACAGAAAACCAUAUUUAAUAAUCUAAAGCUGAUGUGGCCUAUCCAAUGCAAUGGUCAGUUCUGCAGAAAGGAGCAGAAAUAAAAUAAAAGAAAGAGGAAGGAGGUUCACUGGUUGGAUUUUUAUUUGUGGGCCAUGGCUCAUCGGUUGGGAACCACUGAUAUAGAUAAAUCAAACACACUAAGCAUUACACUGCAUUUUGUACAGAUUCUCCAAUCAAUUAUAUAAAUACUCUGGAAACAACAACCAAUUCACAGAUGUGCCCAUUGGCAGUUCAUGCUAUCAAAACAGAAUAUAGUCCCUCUUGUCCUGGUGAGUUUAGGUCAUGAUUAAACACCAAAGUUACUUCCAUGAAUCCUUUAGACCAUUCAUUUUAGGAAUUUCUCUGACAAAACGGGGUUUUAAGCUGAGAAAACUUUACUACUGAGAGACUCCUCCAAUGCAUGCUUGUGUGGGAGGGGGAGGACACAAGGGAAAAUCUCAUUGAGGCUUUGAUCCAUAGCCGUGGAAGUCUAGAAGAGGCUGCUAAUGAAACACAGGUCAUUCUCUGACACACUUUGCCAUUGUUUUUUUUAGCCUUCCAAUCCCAGGAGGCAAAAUAGGUUGUUGCUUCUAACUUUUGCUUUGAAAAUUGUGCCCUGAACAAAUGAGACUUCAAUCUAUUUGUGAACCUGUGAGGUCAAAAUGCCUGGCAUCCUCUAAAAUUAACUAUUGGCAGCUCAAGAUACCUUUUCCCCUCUUUCUUCCUCCUUCCUAGCCUAGAUAAAAGCUAGGAAGAAACAGGUCGAACCUAGGUAGCAAAGGAGAAUGGCUUGACAUGAAAGUAAGGGAGUAUCAUGGAAGAGAGUAUAAUCAAAGAGCAAGACUGAGAAGGGAAUACAGAUGGGCCCAUUAACUUCUUGUGUCAGAUGUCAAAGUAGCCAGGACAAAUCCAAAAGCCAGUGGGGAUAGGCACUGAAUUAUGUAUUAAUUCAGUUGUAAUAUGCACUAUUAUUUCUCAAAAUUUGAAAGAAAUAUUGGCUUAGUCUUGCUGGCAACUUCUUGCCAUCGCAGUCCAAAACAGAGAAUUUUUUCAAGUUCUGAAAGCAAAUCAGAGCAACACCUAGAAUAACAGAACCAUAGACUUGGAAGGGGCCAGAAGGUGCGAAUUUACUGUCUUUAGAAUAGCAGAAAACAAACUGCUUCUACUUUCUACAUGACAUGUCUCAGAUAUUUAAAGAUGUUUGUGUCACUUCCCUGUCUUCUCUUUCCCAAACUAAGCAUGUCCAAGUUAUUAUUCAUUGAUUUAAUUUUCAGAAUCUUCGUUGCCCUCUUCUCAACAUGUUUCUUCUAACAUCGUGGUGCCCAAACUGGACUCAGUAUUGGCUAGGUCUGACUGAAGCAGAAUAAGAGCCCACUGGCUCCCAUCCCACUACGCACAUCUACCUCUGAAGGGAAGAACCUGCAUAUGCUGCCAUCAUGGCAAUAUGGGAGGCUGUCCCGUGUUUCAUAGAGAUCAACGGAGGAAGCCAGGUGGUGGAUGCUUCCCUCUGUGGGAUAAGUGCUCUGGAAAUCGAAGAAAAACUUCAUUGCAUCUCUUCCUUUAUUGGACUGGCAACAUUCAGAGUCUUCCAGAAUGUGGAGGCCUUUGUUCCCACACUUCUAACUUCAGUGAUUGCCACUUUCAUCUUUGAAACUUCACAGUCUAUUAGCAGAAAAGAAGAAUAAAUGCAAAUGUAACAUUUCGACCACUGGAUAACUCCCCACGCCUACCCGUCCGGGAAGCCAGUUCAAAGAGAACAGCAGCAUGGAGCUAAGGGGGAGGAUGUGAAAUCUGAGGCUGGAGACCACACCGUCUUCUAACUUCAAGGAGAGUAUGCAUGCAGCUAAUUAAAGACAAAACAAAGCAAAGCCACUGGACUAUUACCAAUAGCUAUUUACAUUUUUGAUGAAAUGUCUUGAAGUAAUGUUUUGAUCUCUAAUUAGAGAUGGCCUCUACAAGCAAUUCUUGUAGCACUAUCCAUGAGGUAUUUUUAGGAAUCAUUCAUUUGACUGGUUAAAAUAAAUACUGUAACGUGCCUCUUAGCCAUCCCCAGAGUAAACAAGUUCAGGAAAGAAGUGAAAAGGAGAAGGCGAGACAUAAAGGAUGCACAAAUAGCUUCCUUUUAAAAAAGGAUUCCAAUCUACCACAAGGAGGAAAUAAUUUCAAUUUUAAAUUACAAUAAAUCACGUUCUUCUCUUUUUCAUAACCUCUGCUGGAAAAUUAGCAGCUGUUUGUAAAGACAAAAUAUGCCCAAAGGGGAGUAAGUUAUGAUGGAUCUUUUUCCCCCCCCUGACAUGCUAGGGUGGGAAAGAUUAUGUUCCAUUUUAGUUAUUGAUGCAAUUUGAUAGCACCCUGUUGUCUCUGAACAUAUGCUUUUCUGUAUAUGAAUCAUAUUUUGUUUUUCUCAACAGAGAAUUAGAUGAGAACAGGCUGGCUGUGCUAUAAUCCAGUUAAACUGAGCGACCUGGGUUUGGAGUUUCUGUGGUUCCCAAUGACUGGCAAUUUUUCCUAUGAAUCAUAUGAGCAGGGGAUCAGUGGAAGAAGAUGGAGAUGAAUUCCCACUCCAGUUCAAGGGUGCUCUGGGAGUGUAUCUACUCUAUAGAAUAAUGUACAGUAGAGUCUCACUUAUCCAACACUCACUUAGCCAACGUUCUAGAUUAUCCAACGCAUUUUUGUAGUCAGUGUUUUCAAUACAUCAUGAUAUUUUGGUGCUAAAUUUGUAAAUACAGUAAUUACUACAUAGCAUUACUGCGUAUUGAAUUACCUUUUCUGUCAAAUUUGUUGUAUAACAUGAUGUUUUGGUGCUUAAUUUGUAAAAUCAUAACCUAAUUUAAUGUUUAAUAGGCUUUUUCUUAAUCUCUCCUUAUUAUCCAACAUAUUCGCUUAUCCAACAUUCUGCCGGCCCGUUUAUUUUGGAUAAGCGAGACUCUACUGUCAUGGAACCAAGUCCCAGGGCUGAAUUUCCAAGCCCUGGACUUGGAGUCAUAACAUAAAUAAUCCUGGAAACACCUGGCAGAAGAAGAUAAAAUGAGCCUGGGAACUCGGGGUUGAAAGUAUAAACAAUUAUAAUUGGUAUAGUGUGUGGGAAUAGUAGAAAUGUGAUACAAGGGGUGGGGUUUGAUGAUGAUAUUUGCGUGUGGUGUUACGUUGCAUCAGAGGUGAUAAAAAUGAUUAUAUGUAAACAUUAGGUCAUUCUCGACUUUUCCCAAAGUCAUGUAUUCUUCAAUAAAGAUUGGAUUUGAGAGCAGCUAUCUUUGAUCUGCGUUCAGACUGGUCCUUUGAAGUGAGCCUGACAUUUAAGUCGAGAAUCCCGUUCUCACCCUCCUGCGGAUUCGCAGUGAAGUGAUAAUGAAUGAAGAAGGAGAUCAAAGCCCAAAUGGAGCAGGGAGGCCUUUGCCAGGGGCCCGGCCGUUGGGGGAAGAGACGCUGCAAGCCAUAGCUUCCUCUACGGGGUACCCCAGGCCGAACGGCGUGACCCAGAGGAUUCCCAGAGGAGGAAGAGGCGUUUCUGCGGCUGCAGAAACCAGUUGGGGAUCUGGAGGAAGCAUGCCGGAGACCGUGGCCCUGCGGUUAUCCAUCCUGGAAACUAAUUUAUCCAGGCUGUCGGAAACCGUGGGGAGGUUGGUGCCACUAUUGGAAGAGAAUCUCCAAAAGGAGCCCACCCGAUAUGGCGCCGAGAGAGAGCCAAGUAAAGAAGGAGAUUGGAGCCAGAGGGGCCAGCGCGCCUCAACGCAGAGCCCCGUGGAGGCGAGGGGCGAGGGGGAUGAGGAAUACUGGCAGGAAUUGGAGUUCCGAGACAGAAUGGCGCGCGAAGUGGAGCGCCAGCAAGCUCUGGGAACUCUGAGGCCGCCAACUCCAACAGAACUUCCAACCCCCCGAAUGGGCGUCGGGGUGGAAAGACCACUGGGGCCAGGGAUCGGGUCCAGUGGAUUAGCGGACGAAGGCGGAGAGGAGCCGGAGAUUCAGGAAGAGGAGGAGGAUGUGCCGUACGACGAGGGAAGGCGAGGUGCGGCAGCUACAGCGAGGCCCGCAUUCGGAUGGGUGGAAGGGCCAACAGCAGCGGCAGAAUUUCGGGAGCCGCGCAGAACGACCGCCGGAGUGGGGCGCGGCGUGUUCAAAGGGGCCGUCCAAGGAAACCCGAUGCAACCCUUCCCCAUGCCUCCCAGACAGCAUCAACGGGCCACAGAAUGGAUGCAAAGGAGGGAAGAUCUCAAACUGGAAUACGGAGGGGAAUCAUCUGAACUGAACUUUUUCCUCAUUAGCAUCAGAGGAUAUAUGGAAGACAAUGCACACACAUUCCCCUCCGAAGCAAGCAUGGUUCGGGCCAUCGGCAACACACUAAAGAGAGGAGCGGCCAGCUGGUAUGUGCAACUACAUGCCAGACGCGACCCAUGCCUGAGGUCAGUGCCCCGCUUCCUCGCCGCACUGGAAAACCGGUUCAGAGACCGGCUAGAGCAAUUGAGGGCUCGAGACCAGCUCAAAGGAAUAAAGCAAAGGGACAAAACGGUGCCCGAGUACGCAGAGGAAUUCCUCCAUCUCGCGGAAAGGGUACCAGAGUGGUCCGAAGUGACCAAAGUGGAGAUAUUUAAAGAGGGACUACGCCCCGAGGUUUUUAGUUGGGCAGCGCACAGAGAUGACCCAGAAACACUCCAGGGCUGGAUACAACUAGCGGGGCGCGUCGAAUCCACCCUGGCCCAAGUAAAGCGUUUCAGGGGCGGCGGCGGCCAGCAAAGACCGGUGGCGAGAGGGCGAGGAGAAACGAGGAAGCAGGAAAGGCCCGGAGGGAGGCCGGGGAUCCCCUUCAAAGGAGAUGACAACAAACCCAAGCCGGGAUGCUUUGUAUGUGGGAAGACGGGCCAUCGAGCAGCAGAAUGUUGGGCCCGGAAGGGGGAGCCGCCAAAACCCUCAAAGCCCAAGCCAGCAACCGGGAGGCGAGCGGAGGAGGAGGUGCGAGCCCCAGAAUCUUCGGAAAGGCUGGUGAGUCGAGACAAACGCAUGCUAGUAGUGCCAAUCUGCCUAUCGGGGCUAGAGAAUCGGGCCACCUGCAGGGCAUUCGUGGAUUGCGGUUGUUCUAGGAACAUUAUAACUCCGGAACUAGCAGGAGCGCUGAAAUGCCAGCAGACGUUGCUUGACUCCCCGAUUGCAUUUUCGCAGCUAGAUGGAUCAGUUGCUGCUGGGGAAGUAUCUACAAAGGAAAUACGGGGGGUCCCAUGUAAAAUAGGCAAAUGGGAAGGAAGAAUAUCCUUUGUGAUAGCCCCUAUUGCCACAUACCACGUAAUACUAGGGAUCCCAUGGCUCGAACAGGCAAAUCCCGAAGUAGAUUGGAGAGGAAAGAGCCUAGCAUUUAAAGAACAACAGACGCAAUGGGAGAUAAGCAAAAUAGCAGGAGAAGAGGACGAGGAAGAUGAAGCAGGUGAAAUAGACCCACAGCUAUUGCCACCUGAAUACAGAGACUUUGUGGAUGUUUUCAAUCAGAAAGAGGCAAGUAAAUUACCUCCCAAGAGGAAUAUAGAAGUAGAAAUUGAAAUAACCUGUCAAGGACAGAACGCCACAAGAUCAAAGAUAACAGAGUUUAUUGGAUUUACAGAACUCAAAAUGCCCGUAAAAGACAAGGGCAAGGCAACUUAGCCUUUAAAAACAAAAAGGGGCAAGAAAAAACGUUCAAAAGAUAAACCGGAUUAAACCGGAGUUUAAUCCGGGUAAAAUCAAAACAGCUUGCUUCAGCCUGGGGAAAAACAAACAGAAGCUGGGAAACAGAGAGUUCAAAAGAAUGCAACUAAUUGGCAGCAGAUAACUCUCUGCUGCCAGCACUAUGUUUUGAGUAACUAGGAGUCACUCCUUCACACAGCAAGGCAAAUUUCCAAUACAAACUCAACAGCCAAGGAUUGAAGCAGUAGCGUAGUCCCAAUUCGUUCCGAAGGUCGAGAGGCAGAAUCAGACGUUUGCAGUUUUCCAAGUCCAAUAGGAGAAAGCGAGCCCGUAGUCAGUUUUCAGUCCGUAAAUCCAGAGUAGCAGAUGGCGUCCGUCAAGAAGACGACGGAAGGUCAAAGCUAUUGAGAUUAAGCAGAGGUUUUGCACAAACAAAAGCCCACACAAUUCCUCCCGCCGUCUGAACCCAAAUUCCAAAACAACUUACGUAUCAGCACACGAAAACACACCAGUCUUCAGGAAAGCGUCCCACACAGAUCCCAAGCGUUCGUCCAGAUUACCUUGCCCAACGCAAUUUGCAAUUGCUCCCAAGCCACAUUUUAUGCCAGUUACAAAUCCUCAUCACUAUCAGCUGCCCUCCUUAACCCGGGCGUUUCCUCAUCACUUUCCUCAUCAGAGCUGGAACACCUCUGACUACGCCCCACAGCAUCCCCAGCUGUGGAUCCCGUCCCAUCCCUCCAGCUUGUCCAUGGGUCUAAUCCUGAAGGUCCCCAUUCAUCUUCCAUCCCAUUAUUGCCAGUGGCACCCAACUCCUCCCUUACCCGAGUCCAAUCCAUCUCAUCCUCUUCCGAGCUAACCAGCUCUUCCUCCAUUCUCUCCGUGAACCCCUUAAAAGACUCUUCGUCAGAUGGUUCUGCAAAGAUAUCUCGCAGCCUCUUUCUUUCUCGCUCCUCGAGAGUAUCUGACUCUCGAGGAGUCUUACGUCCACGUCUGCCAGAAGCAGAGCCAUGAGGCUCAAUCAUAACAUAACCCCAGGAGCAAACUUACCAAAACCAAAAGUGUAUCCCAUGUCUGUUCAGGAGAAGGAGGAAUUGAGGAAAUAUAUUGAUAAGAACCUGGCGCGAGGCUUCAUUAAGCCAUCCAAUUCUCCUCUCAGAGCCCCAGUGUUAUUUAAGAGAAAGAAAGACAACUCCCUAAGAUUGUGCAUUGACUAUUGAAAUUUAAAUGCAAUUACUAAGGACAAUAAAUACCCUAUGCCCUUAGUAAAGGAUUUAAUUACCGUAUUGAAGAAAGGGAGCAUAUUUACUAAACUUGAUUUAAUUGAAGCAUAUCAUAAAUUAAGAAUCAAACCUGAGGAUACUUGGAAAACUGCAUUUUCCUGCGCAUUCGGCCAUUUUGAAUAUAAAAUUUUGCCAUUUGGGUUAAAAAAUGGCGGCAGUUGCUUUAUGCAGCUUAUAAAUGAAAUACUGCACCCAUUGUUGUACCGAGGGGUAUUCAUAUUCCUUGAUGAUAUAUUGAUCGUGAGCGAAGAUAAAGAAAAGCACGUGGAAUUGGUCCGGGAAGUUUUGCAGAGACUAAGGGAAGCAAAGCUGUAUGCAAAACUGUCCAAAUGUGAAUUUAAUAAAACUCAAAUUGACUUUCUGGGGUAUCGGAUUUCUCCAGAAGGGUUAGCUAUGGACCCGUCUAAAGUAUCAGACGUAAAAGAAUGGGGAGUACCCCAAACAAGGAGGCAAUUGCAAUCAUUUCUGGGGUUUGCAAAUUUUUAUAGAUCGUUCAUAAAAGGCUUUGCGCAAAUAACCGCACCCCUUACUGAACUUUUAAAGACAAAAGGGAAAGGGGAGACAGCAAAAGUGAAAGCUCCUGGCGCCAAACUGAGUUGGACGCCAGAAUGCCAAAAGGCAUUCGAAACCCUAAAAGGAUGCUUCACAGAAGAACCCGUCCUAUAACACCCCGAUAUCCGGAGCCCUUUCAUAAUCCAUUGCGAUGCUUCAGACUGUGCAUACGGGGCAGUACUAUUGCAAAAGGAUCAAAAUGGGAACUUAAAACCUUGUGGAUAUUUGUCCCGGAAGUUCAGUGAAACUGAAAAAUGUUGGCCCAUAUGGGAAAAAGAGGCAUUAGCCAUAUUAAAAGCCUUAGAAUGCUGGCGACACUUCCUCGAAGGGAGCGGAAUCCCAUUUGAAAUUUGGUCUGACCAUAAGAACCUCCAGUAUUUAAAAUCUCCUCGAAAAUUGUCCCCCAAACAAAUUAGAUGGGCACAAUACUUCAGCAGGUUCGAUUUCCAAUUAAAGUUUUUCCAAGGGAAACAGAAUGUCUUGGCUGAUGCUCUUUCACGCAUGCCUCAACACGAAGGCAUAACCACAGCAAAAGAGGGAACAAUAUUCUCUGAUAAACAAUGGGGCUUAGCUGUCAGGACAAGAGCGCAAACCCAAAGAGAGAACACUGCUAUUAUUGAAUUCGACGGGGAAAGUGGUUGGGGAAAAGAACUGAAACAGUCAUACGAAGGAGAUCAGUGGAUCGCAUCCAACGCAGAAAAGGGGGAGCAGAAGGGGGGAUUUUGGUUUGUGAACAAGAAACUGUAUAUCCCAGCAAUAUUAAGGAUUAAGAUUUUGCAUCGUUUUCACAAUAACCAGAGCGCUGGUCAUACAGGAAUUACAAAAACAACAAAGGCAAUAGCAAAACAUUGUUGGUGGCCAGGAAUGAGGAAGGACAUAAAGAAUCAUGUUGUUCAAUGUGAUGAUUGUGCCAGAAAUAAAUCGAGAGGAGGAAAGCCAAUGGGAUUAUUACAAACAGUAGCAGAACCUACCAGGCCUUGGGAAUGUGUAGCUAUGGACUUUGUGGGGGAACUGCCGGUUAGCAAAGGACAUCGUUAUAUUUAGACAGUAUUAGACCUGUUUUCUAAACAGGCCCACUUUAUAGCACUGACAAAAUUACCAUCGGCAGAAAAACUAGCUGAAUUAUACAUAAACCAUAUUUACAAACUUCAUGGAUGUCCCAGUAGAGUGGUCAGUGACAGAGGGGUUCAAUUCACAGCAAAAUUUUGGGAAAAAUUCUUGGAAAUGCUAGGAGCAGAAAGGAGUCUAAGUUCUGCUUUUCACCCCAUGACAAACGGGGCAGUAGAACAUACUCAACAGACACUUGGGCAGUUCCUUCGAAUGUACUCUAACAUGAGACAAACUGACUGGUCUAAGUGGCUGGCUUUCGCAGAACUAGCUUUUAAUUCGACUAUACAUUCAGCAACAAAUAAGACUCCCUUUGAAGUAGUUUACGGGUAUGAAAUACAGCCUCUGCCCCAGUUGCCAAAAUGGACAGAGAAUGAAGAAACAGGGGCAGGGAAAUGGAAAACUCAAAUGCUAGAAUGCUGGAGUCAAGUGACUGCAUCCUUAAAGGAAACACACAAAAAGUAUAAAACAUUCGCAGACAGAAAAAGGGUGGAAGGCGAUAAAUUGGAGAAAGGAGAUUUAGUGUGGUUAAGUACCCAAAACAUCAAAUUGGGGCUACCUUCGAGAAAAUUGGGCCCCAAAUAUAUUGGACCAUUCAGAAUACACGGGGUUAUCAACGAAGUGACUUUCCAGUUGGCAUUGCCAAAAAGUUUAGGGAAAAUACACCCAGUAUUCCAUCGCAGCUUACUGAAAAAGUAUAUGGGUACUUUGGACAAAAUGGACACAUAGAGUUAUUGUUUGAUUUAUUUCAGGAUUGUGAUGAAAGAAGAGCCGAAGAGGAGGACGAAGAAAAAGAGGGCGCCAUGUCAUGGAACCAAGUCCCAGGGCUGAAUUUCCAAGCCCUGGACUUGGAGUCAUAACAUAAAUAAUCCUGGAAACACCUGGCAGAAGAAGAUAAAAUGAGCCUGGGAACUCGGGGUUGAAAGUAUAAACAAUUAUAAUUGGUAUAGUGUGUGGGAAUAGUAGAAAUGUGAUACAAGGGGUGGGGUUUGAUGAUGAUAUUUGCGUGUGGUGUUACGUUGCAUCAGAGGUGAUAAAAAUGAUUAUAUGUAAACAUUAGGUCAUUCUCGACUUUUCCCAAAGUCAUGUAUUCUUCAAUAAAGAUUGGAUUUGAGAGCAGCUAUCUUUGAUCUGCGUUCAGACUGGUCCUUUGAAGUGAGCCUGACACUCUACUGUAGUUUGAUACUAAUUUGACAUGGCUUAAUGCUAUGGAAUCCUGAGAUUCUUGGUUGGGUAUGUUAGAUGAAUAGUAACAACAGCGAUAACAGCAGCAGCACACAUUAUAAAAGUAACAAUGAUUUCAUCAAUUUUGAAUUGGACGAGGAAAUGACAUUCAACUCAUAUUUUCCCAGAUAGGAUCUAGGGUUCUUCUUUCCAGUUUUUGUAAAUAGGCUUGCUCAGGGUGGAGGUGGGAGUUACACUCAUUGGCAUAUACAGCAAAACAAAACAGUAGCUGGAUUUCCUCCUGAUAUCAGACAGAAAUUAAGCAGAAUGAAAAGAAUGAAAUACAUUCCAUUCAAAUGACUCAAAAUGAAAUACAGGCAAUUCUGGGGAAAUGAAAAUAAAAGAAAGGCACUUUUUGAAACAACAUGUCACGGGGGAACAAAAGGCAUUUCUCUGUCUCUGAAUACACUGAUAUUGUUUAAACCUAGCAUUUGCUGAUGUCCUUGAAAAAAAUAACAGACCACAUUGAGCUGGGUAGGGGACAAGCAUAUGUCAUAGUGUGUAGGCUGCCAGAUUUUGCCAUCCUGACUUUUGUUUAGCUCUCAGGACUAAUUACAGUAUUUUCUAAAAGCUAAAUAUUUCAAUAGCAUAACUCACAUAUUACAGCAGGAAAUAUAAGCCUACUAUACUAUACUAUACUAUACUAUACUAUACUAUACUAUACUAUACUACAAGGUAAGUAUCUCUUAUCUGGAAAUUCAACAUUUGGAACACUCCAAAAUCCAAAAUUGUUCCCAUGGUUUUGCUGAGAUAGCAACACCUUUCCUUUCUGAUGGCUCAUUGUGCACACACUUUGCUUCAUGCACAAAAUCAUUUAAAAUAUUGUGUAUAAAACUGGCUUCAGGUUAUGUGCAUAAGGUAAAUGAAUGUUAUGUUUAGGUUUGAGUCCAGUAUCCAAGAUAUCUCAUUCUGUCUAUACAAGUAUUCCAUUUACUAAUAUCUACGAUAUAGUAUUUUAUUACUGUAUAAUUAUAAUAUUUGUGAUAUUAAUAAUAAAAGGUAGUAUCUUUUCUAUUAACCUCCUUUGCAACUCCAGUUUAGAGUUGAAAGCUAAAUGUGCCCAUGCCCACACACACACUUGGCUCUUGCUGGCACAGAAGGAGAAGCUGCCAUCAAAACUCUCAAAACGGCAUCUGUGCUUGGCAAUUUCUAUGACACAGAGAAGGUGUUCCUAUCAGCGUCUACAGCGUGAUCGGCCAACUCUGCAGCGCUUUCCAGAAACAAAGUCACUGUGCUCCAGAUACAGCGCUGCUUUCAUAAGUAUGAUAGAGAACUGUCGCUUGAGAGUCAGAUCUCGGUCCACCUAGAUAAAUAUUUUAUUUAUUUAUUUAUUUUAAUUUACUAAUGGCAUGACUCUCAUUGUUAGUUCUAAUUAGUGUACACAUUGAAUUGAUGGGAUUUACACAAGGGCUGAUUCCACAGACUCCUAUGUCCUAGUUGAAUACUGUAAUUGCUACACCAGCCUCAUAGGCUCUUUCAGAAUAAUCAUGGAAGCAAAAAUCACCUCCUGAUAUAUAUCCUCUUUCCUAUCAGGAGAUAUACUUUACUAUGACUAAUAGCUGUUACUUCUGACAGUUCUUGAUAGACCUUACAUUAUCUAUCUAUCAUCGAAGGACCCAUCACUGUCAUUGCUAAUAUUUCUUAACAUUCUCCUUCAACCUGCUCCAAACCCCUCAUUCAAUAUGUUUUGGAGUAGUGUCACUUUCAGCUUGCACCAUCAUGGAAUUGCUGUGUUAAAGUGUAAUGGGACUUGUAGUUUAGUGUAGUGUUGUGUAGAGGUCAACAGAUUGGGAAAUGCCAGGUCUUUUUUUUAAAAAAAGCUGUCAAGUCUGUGGUUGAGAACUUAUAAAUAUGUGUUGCUGGAUAAUCCAUUGCCUUGAAAGGAGCUGUUUCUGAGUAGACAUGCCUUGUACAUUUGUGUGAAUAAACCACUUAGAGUGC